UUAACAAAACAUUAAACAAACCGUAGAAUAUUAUAAAAAAAAAAAAUCAUUAAUUACAUUUUUAUCUAUAAAGUUUAUUAGAAUUGAGAAUAUUCUCCUUUUUAGAUUUCAUUUUGUAUAACCAUUAUUUACAUUUUUUAUGGAAAGCAAAAAUUUUUGUGAUCGAUGACAAAAACAAAACCGAUACGAUGCGCUAUAAAUAAAAAAUAAUAGUGUACUCUUCAUAGAAUUAGUGCUUUAGAAGAUAUUGCAGUAAUCAAUUUUCUUUCGCGAAGGUAUAUAUAUACACAAAAGGUUAUGUUCAACAAGAUACUGCUUACUGGUUACGAACAUGAUUUUUGUUGCAAAAAGGUUCCAAAAUGCAUGUUUAGAUUAUACAAAUUAUUCUAAACGAGCAAAGAAAAAAAUAACAAAGGCUUCCAAAAACAUGUCAUGAAUGAACACAUAAAAAAUUCUUUGCUUCAUACUCAAGUUACAAGAAACAUGAAUGCAGGAAAUAUAUUUUACAUGCCACUAACUUCUUUUGCUGAAAUGUGGUACCAGAUAUUCUUGUGGGCAUUAUUUUCUUCUGUAUUUGUUCAUAUGAUAGCUGGUACAAUUUGUUUUGCCACUUUACGACAACAUAAAUAUGGAAAGUUUUUUCCGCUUCUUAUAAUAAUAAUGGGUAUAUUGCUACCAUUAACAUCAGGUGUAUUAAGUUCUGCUGCUGUUGCAUUUGUUUACCGAGCAUCAAGUCAUCAAAUGCCACCAUUAUAUGCAUUAGUAUGGGGGAUUGGACAGACAUUUGUUGCUGCUUGUGUUGGAUUCACUAGAAUCUUGGCAACUUUAUAAUAUAAAAUAUAAUUAGACAGUAACAAAGGAUAAAAACAACUGACGUAAUUGUGAAUCAAUUUUUAAUAUAUAAUUACAAUCUGUAUAAAUACGUAGCACAAAUUUAUAUUAUUAUGCGCUUCAGAUUUUUAUGUUUUUAUAUGAAUAUUAAUAUUAUCAGGAAUCACUUUUAUUUUUUCCAAUUUGUUUUUUAAUGCUUCUUGUGCUUCCAUUUUUUCAAUAUUUUCAGUAGAUGAUAUGCUACUUCUUACUAAAUCUGCAAAAUAAUGCGGUAAUUUUGUUAUAAAUAUUUAAACAUUAUGCUACCAACAUGUGUAUAAUUUUAAUUAAUGUACUGUCCAUAAAAUCUUAGAAUAAAAUUGUUAAUGUUAUGAUGAUA